GUGGGGAGGUAGAACGUCACCGGAAACUAAACUCACCACCACCGGAAGCAGGAAGUACAUUCGUAAGGCGUCUAUGGAGCACACCCGAGGUGCCCCAUAAAAUGUGCCAUGAAAAUGAGACAGCUAAGCUACUCGCUUCUCCGCCACAUUACAUCCAGUGCCCCUUCACUUGCCUUGCCUUCACCCACCAGGACAUGCCUCCAUCAGGGGCCCUCACGCGCUAUACCAUGUAGUCACAUACAUCAUCAAUGGAGGAGUGCGAGCGCAGCUUUGAACCACCACAUCCCGGACCUGAGCGGGCCUGAGCAGAGGCUGCUAAAUAAACUCUAUGAGGGACUAAUAGGGGGACAGCGGGCCUCUCUUGCAGAGUCCAUCACCCUGGUGGAGACGCAGCAUCCCCGGAAGAAAGAACUGGCCCAGAUUCUGCUCCAGAGGGUGCUGGCUUACAGGAGGGAGCAGGAGAGCCAGAAUGACGGGAAGCCUUUGGCUUUUAGAGUAGGUCUCUCCGGUCCUCCAGGAGCAGGGAAGUCCUCAUUCAUCGAGGUGGUGGGGAAGAUGCUGACAGGGCGUGGGCACAAAGUGUCAGUGCUGGCUGUUGAUCCAUCCUCCUGCACGACGGGAGGCUCUCUGAUGGGUGACAAGACCCGCAUGACGGAACUCUCCCGGGACAUGAACGCCUUCAUCAGGCCGUCACCGACCUCAGGAACGCUCGGCGGCGUCACCAGGACGACCAAUGAAGCCAUCGUUCUUUGUGAAGGGGCUGGGUAUGAUGUUAUCCUUGUGGAGACUGUGGGUGUGGGCCAGUCAGAGUUUGCAGUGGCGGACAUGGUUGAUAUGUUUGUGUUGCUGAUUCCGCCUGCAGGGGGCGAUGAACUGCAGGGUAUUAAGAGAGGCAUCAUUGAGAGGGCCGACCUGGUGGUGGUGACCAAGUCGGAUGGAGACCUGGUGGUGCCGGCCAGGAGAAUCCAGACGGAAUACAUUAGUGCUCUGAAGCUACUAAGGAGGCAGUCCAAGUCAUGGAACCCCAAGGUUGUGCGGGCUUCCUCACACAGGGGUGAGGGCAUUCCUGAGGUCUGGGCCAGAAUGGAGUCCUACCGGGAAGCCAUGUUGGCCAGCGGCGAGCUGCAAGGCCGGCGCAGGGCCCAGCAGAAGGUCUGGAUGUGGAGCUUGAUCCAGGAGAACGUGCUCGCCCAUUUCCAGCAUCACCCCGGUGUCAGGGAGGCUCUGCCCCGCCUGGAGGAGAGGGUCACCAGAGGGGACAUCUCCCCUGGCCUGGCCUCCGACCUGCUGCUCAAAGCCUUCCUGUCGUCGUCCUCGUAGUCAGUGGGGGGAUGGAGGCCUCGUUUAGCAACGUCUUGUGCAAUCAAUCCUAUCAAUACUUGACUUCUCUUAAACAAAUCUGGGCCAUUUCAAAGGACAUUUUUAUGCAGACAACAGAAGAAUACUUCACUGACAACAACUGGUAUUUGUAAAUUUGAUCUUGUUGCAUUUGUAAAGGUUUGCACAGUAGUUAUCACUUUUCCCAACAGAGCCGUUACACGUCAAUAUCAAAAAUACACUAUUAAAAUAAUGGCCUCUUUGGGACGUUUUACUACAUUCAGUGUCCAAGCUUGCAAUUCAUCAAGUUUUUUGUUGUGUAAACAGUUAUUUAUGAGCAUAACUAAAAACACCGCUCAACCAUUUUGUAUGGAUUAUUGUAAAGGGGUGUAGCAAGGAAGAAACUCACACGUUUUUUUUGUGGGCAUGGGUCCAAAAAUUCUACAAACACAAAGAAUGUGCAAGUUCCAUGUCUGGUUCUAUGGUUAUCAACACAUUUUCCUUUUUUCCCCCCCAUCACUGGUACCUUCCUGUAGAGACAUUAUACAAAAAAGGCAAAUAAAAGGCCAACUUGUGGAGUUAAUGUUAACUGAGCUGAAGUCUAAGAAGAUUGUUACGCAAUGGUUUGAUCACCUGGGGCAUUUUUUCCUAGAAUUAAAAAAAAAAUAGAGAACAAUUUUGUUUAAAUUGCCAAUGAAGCACUGAACACGUAGUGAAAUGAAUGCGGGGUGUGGUCACAGACACAUCACCAAAAUGGCAGCACAUCAUGUAACAGGUAAGUAGACAAACUUAGGGCAACUACUACUACUAUGGGGAAUAAUUAACAACAACAUUAACUCUAAACAUGUAACUCUCAUCUUUUUACAAAACAAGUGCCGCAAGGCAUGCGGCGAAGCCAGAAGCACUCCCAGCUCUUGAGUGAUGCCGAUACCUUUUUGUCAAUAGUUGCUCAAAGGACGUGUUCGAGUUAACAUAGUUAUUAUCCUACACUACUACUAGUAGUAGUAGUAGUAGUAGUAGUAGUUGCCAUAUGUGUAGUCAUGGAAAAAAUGAUUGGACCACUGUUUCUUCAGUUUAUUGAUCCAUAAUGCCUGAUACAACUAAAGGUAUAUUUAUUUGGACAAACAAAUAUAGCUCAUAAGAGUUUAAUUUGAGAGAUGAUAUCUAGCAAAUUCCAUGGUUUUCUUGAUAAUAACCAAAAUCACUUAAGUUCUUACAUGACUAGCUAUAGCAUUGUACUGCCAAAAAAUGAGCUAGUUUUGUUGCAAUUUAUAUAUUUGUCCAAACAAAGGUACCUUUAGUUAUGUCGGGCAUUAAAAUGAGCAAGAAACUGAAGAAACAAGGGUGAUCUUAUUUUUUUCCAUGACUGUAUGUGUUAUUUACCUGUUAAGUUGCUGUGUGGUGGUUAAAGCGUUUUCUUUUAUGACACUGCGUCAGUCUAGUAAUGACCUCCUGCUGUUUCUCUUGACACGCUAAUUGUCAGUUCGUCUUUGGCUACUGCUUGCUAAUAAAGAACUUUCUCAAAGCAAGCUAAAGUGCCUUUGGCCAU